AGCGAGCGGCCCGGGGCGUCGAGGGUGGCCGCGCGGCGCGCCGGGCGCUGCCGCCCUGGCAGCCAUGUGCUCCCAGCUCUGGUUCCUGACGGACCGGCGCAUCCGCGAGGACUACCCGCAGGUGCAGAUCCUGCGCGCCCUCCGGCAGCGCUGCUCCGAGCAGGACGUGCGCUUCCGGGCGGUGCUCAUGGACCAGAUCGCCGUCACCGUCGUCGGCGGCCACCUCGGCCUGCAGCUGAACCAGAAGGCGCUCACCACCUUCCCUGACGUGGUGCUCGUGCGGGUUUCCACCCCCUCGGUGCAGUCGGACAGUGACAUCACGGUCCUGCGCCACCUGGAGAAGCUGGGCUGCCGCCUGGUCAACCGCCCGCAGAGCAUUUUGAACUGCGUCAACAAGUUCUGGACGUUCCAGGAGCUGGCUGGCCACGGGGUUCCCAUGCCAGACACUUUCUCAUACGGUGGGCACGAAGACUUUUCAAAGAUGAUCGAUGAAGCUGAGCCCCUGGGCUACCCGGUCGUGGUGAAGAGCACUCGAGGACACCGGGGAAAAGCUGUUUUUCUUGCCAGAGAUAAACAUCACCUCUCAGAUAUCUGCCAUCUGAUCCGCCAUGAUGUGCCCUACCUGUUCCAGAAGUAUGUGAAGGAGUCACACGGCAAAGACAUCCGGGUGGUGGUGGUAGGGGGCCGGGUGAUAGGCUCCAUGCUUCGCUGCUCCACUGAUGGACGGAUGCAGAGCAACUGCUCCCUCGGCGGUGUGGGUGUCAUGUGCCCGCUGACAGAGCAAGGCAAGCAGCUGGCUGUUCAGGUGUCCAACAUCCUGGGCAUGGACUUCUGUGGCAUCGAUCUCCUCAUCAUGGAUGACGGCUCCUUUGUGGUGUGUGAGGCAAACGCCAACGUCGGCUUCCUAGCCUUCGACCAGGCGUGCAAUUUAGAUGUGGGCGGCAUCAUCGCAGACUACACCAUGUCCUUGCUGCCCAAUAGGCAGACUGGCAAGAUGGCCGUCCUCCCAGGGCUGUCCUGUCCCAGGGAGAAGAAAGAGCCAGAUGGCUGCGCUUCAGCUCAGGGAGUUGCAGAGAGCGUCUACGCCAUCAACAAUGGGUCUACCUCUAGUGAGAGUGAGCCUGAACUGGGAGAGAUCCGGGAUUCCUCAGUGAGCACAACGGGGGCCCCGCCCCCCAUGCUGCCCGAAGCCGGCUACAACAUUAACAACAGGAUUGCUUCCGAAUUAAAACUUAAGUGAAUUCCUGCUUUUUGGCAGCAUUUAAACCAAAUCCUACUGCUUCCCUAUAGUUUUGAGUGAAUAAAAUCUGGACUAAUGUGAUUUCAUUUGCACAGAAACUAGAAAAUCCCAUCUGGGCACUCAGCAUUCUUUCUAACGAUGAUUUAAGCGAACGGCUUAGCUUCGUGGUUUUUACAGAGACUAAUACAAAAACACUCACCAAGAGCAACAUCCCGAGCUGUCGGCUGGAGCCCGAGGUCUGCCGCGAGCACUUGGAUGCUACGGCCGCCUCUGAAGGCGCUGACUGUGCUGCUGCCUCUGGCUGUUACCAGCAGAGCCCAGGAACUCAGAACGGGUCCCGGAAGCGCUGCACUCAGGAGCCACCACCCGGUGGAGGGGGGCGUGCAGAAGAGACGCGACGCGACUGUGCUAACGAGCUCUUCACCAAGUGUGUGUGUGUGUGUGUGAUGCUUGAAGAAUACGCAGUUCAGUGUCUGCUCCCUGUCAAAUCACCAUCUUGGCCAUAUUUCUCUGACACUCAGGAUAUGGUGUUUUAGGGAGCUUCCUCAUUAGCAUUUUCGAUGAAGCACUUUGUAGAAAGUUUGAGAGCGAGCGUUAUCUGACGGCACCGGUUGGCAGAUCUCCUGCUGCGGAACUGGGGCUUUCUACAAAUUGCUUUGCCACGCCGAACUUACAGACCCUGCUUCAACUAAUGCCAGCCCCAGCAGCCUCUUGCACCUUUGCUGCCUUUGGCCUCAGCUGGAAAUGCACUUCAGUGAGCUAGUGGCCACACACUUUAUUUCUUAUGCGUGCACUAGAAUCGAAUGCCAUGAACUUUCUUGUCAGUGGACUCUGUUCAUUUGUCGUCCAGAAGCCGGUGGGUUUUUAAUCAUAGAAAGCUACUGGAAGAUAAUCAUUUCCCCCUUCUCUCCUAAACUUUGCGUACUGCUUAGCUCUAGAAGGUUUCCUUGAAUGCAUUGGUGUAGUGGGCCUGUUGGGUAGAUAGAGCCAUUGGAAACACACUCUAAUCGCCUUGACAUUCUAGUCCUGGCCAGGUUCCUGAGACCUGUCUUUACCCACUUUUUCCAUACUGGGGAGACUCAGGAAUUACUCACCACCUUCAGGGGGAGGGCGGUUAGAUAACGUAGGCGGGACACCAAGUGCUUUUCAUUUUAACUGUUUAAGCAGUAGAUAAUGAUCCUUCCCUUGGGUGACAUCGUGGAGAUGGAGUUUUCCAUUUCUGCCUAUGUGAAGUAUGAGAAUGAGCAAGACUCCCUUUUCAACCAAAUACACUAAAAUGUAAGCACUCAAGAGUUACCAUAA